AUGUCUAAGCUAAACAAAAUACUACUUAGGGUAACCUUGAUUUGUUUAUCAGUGGCAAUAGGAUGCAGUUCCGAACCAUUAAGCUGGAUGACUUUUGGAGAUUGGGGUGAACCUACCGCAAUUCUUUCGGCAGUAAGCAGAUCAAUGGCAAACCUUGCCUCUGUUAUUAAACCAAAAUUCAUAAUAUCCGUAGGGGACAACUUUUAUAGGUGGGGAGUCAGCUCGGUUGAUGAUCCAAUCUGGGAGAAUAUGUUCGAAUCGGUCUUUGACUAUGAGUCCUUACAGGAUAUUCAGUUUAGGUGUGUACUUGGUAAUCACGACUGGUGGGGAAAUGCAACAGCCCAGAUCGAUCGUCACUACAGUACAAAGUCACCAAGAUGGUACUUACCAAAUUUCUGGUAUUAUACUAUUGAGGAGUUUGACUCUCCCAGAUCCUCACCCCACCCCUACUUAAAUGUAAGCUCAAGUUCAAUGGAAGGGCUGGAGGAGAUGGUGAAAACCAAGGCAAUUUUCAUAUAUACUGAUUCUUGGGUCAUGUCUUCUCCAAUGGGUUCCGACAUUACUCCGGCUUUCUGGGAGGAACAAAUGGUUUUUAUUGAAAAUACUUUGAAGGCUGCAGUCAUGAGAGAUAUCGACUGGAUCUUUAUUAUUGGCCAUUAUCCAUGUUAUUCAAGUGGAGAGCAUGGAGAUAAUGCCGAUGUUCACAAGAUUCUUGAUCCUUUACUUAAGAAGUACAAGGUUGAUGCUUAUAUAGCUGGUCAUGACCACCAUCUUGAACUUUCCAGGCCAAAGGGGUCUUGUACGUCCCAUUUUCUCAUUGGUUCUGCCUGCUGUCCAAAAAAGCAUGACUACUUUAACAACAAGCACAGAAUCUUUAGAACUGGUAGAGGAGGAUUUGCUUCUCACAAACUUACUUAUUCCCAGCUGCAUUCAACCUACCACAAUAUAGAAGGUAAGCCCAUUUUUACCACUACCCAGAAGAGACUCAAUAGAAAGAAAAUUAAAGAUAAGCUAAUUAAGGAGGCGAUGGCUAAGAUUGACGGGAACUCGUUUUCCAUCACCAAGAAUAAACCAAAAGAACAGGAUGAAACAGUUAUGAACUUUGUGGAGAACAAAGAAGGGGAACUUGAGGUUUUGGAUGAAAUAGAAAACGAGAGAGAACAGGAAGCUAUAGAGAAUGUUCAGAAUUCCCUUGAUCAACAGGACUUACAUGACAGAACCGACGGGGAUGAGAAUGAGGAUGAGAACGGCAAUCUAUCCUUUUCCAAAAGAAAAUUUCCCCGUACCCUUAUAAAGGAAAGCCUUUCCCCAACUUCAAGUAACCCACAAAUCGAAUCUGGUGAGGUAAUCCUUUCCCCAAUUGACGAAUCUUCAAAACAUUUUACUUUAGUGGAUGCUAUCAUAUCUCCUAAAAAGAGUCAGGAAAACAUACAAUCCAAUUCUCCAGUAUCUACUGUUAAUGACUAUCUUUUGCAAAUAUAUGAUCUUCCUCCUCCAUCUAAGAGAUCUUUUAUUGAUGAAAUGCCAACAAGAGACAAGUUCUUCGGUAUCAAGUUCCCGUUUGGAGCAAGAUUAAUGCGUUUCAGAAUUGACAGAAAAACUUCAGGGCAUCCAAGACAUGAAUACAAAUAUGCUCCAAUUCUAAAGCACUCAGUUGGAGUGGAGGGUUCUGAUGUUACAAAAUUCUCAGUCUUCCAAACAAUUGCUUGGAAUGAACUAGAGAACAAAAUGAAAAGUAAUUAUAAAAUUCCUGAUUCUACUUGGAAAAUGAUGAAAUCCCCAAAAUGGAAAGGAAACUUUAUCCCCUGGAGAUUUGUAGAAUCAUGCACUAACAUAAUUAGAACUAUGAGCAUUGAAGGACUUUUCAAACAUAGAGUCUCCUUAUGGGGAAUCCCCCUCUCCAAUUACAAGGUUACUAAUAAGGAUAUUGGAGCUGUAAAGGCCAGGCAAUACUGUUUGGAUGUGGCUAACAAGCUAAGCAUACACAGACUCCUCCAAGGCUCUGUUUCUACCAAGCUUCUCUACUGGGAUAGAUGCCCUGGCAGCGAACCUGGCCCUAAUGGAAAUUCCGAUUCAGAUCUAAAAACUAUUGUAGCACUAUCUGUUAUAGGAAGUGCUAGAGAUAACUGUCUGUAUCCUGAAGGAGUUAAGCCUAAGAAUUCAAGUUUAGAUACGGUUUCCAGCGGAUUCUAUAAGCUUCUUAGAAAGAUGAAGAUGAUUACUAAGGCUUCAAUAGACCCAGAUAUUGUUGCUGGAAUCGACCUUACCAGAGUUAUCAUGAUCCCAAUGGAUGUGGCCUGUGAUAUUGCUGCUCAGCUUAUUGACCAUGACCUGAAUAUUGUGAGCAGCCUCGAAGAUUUAGUCUAUGACCGUCCAGAUGAAGCUAUUAAACAAUGUUCUCAAAUUGUAAGCAGAAUAGCUACAUUCAUUCCCAUUGAGGAGGCUGAGAAGCUCUGCAGUAACUUUAGCUCAUAUGAACUUGUUGGGCCAUAA